AAUAUUACGUUACGUUGUAAAUAGAAAACAAACUAUGUACUAUUUCCUUUACUUCCGUUCGGACUAUUAUCGUUAUAUGCAAUAUUAAGUAAGUCGAAAGCCUAGAGAUUUUUUCCAUCUUAUCAAUAAUGAACGAUAGAUAGAGAUAGAUAAAGAAAAAGAGAGAGAAAGAGAGAGAGAAAGAGAAAGAUCGAUGCGUGCGUGCCGUAAUUUUGAUGAUCUUUUCGUUCGUAAUCGUACUAUAGAUUGGUAAAAAAAAAGUUUCAACAUCGGUCCAAGUAUCCCUGGGUGAUGUUAAAAUUCAAUUGCUUCUUUUCGAAAUCUUUUAGACGUUUUCUUUUCUUUUUUCUUUUUUUUUUUCUUUCUUUUUUGCAGAUCGUGAAAAUCACAAUUCCAGCUUGUGUAAUUAAUCGUGUAAUUAUGAAUGUAACUGAAGGUCUGAAUAAGUGUCGAAAAAAUUUCAAUCGACUUUUAAAAUCACCUAAAACACUGUUGGACCCGAAUUACGAAUUUUUGGUAAAACCGAAAACAUCACGUACUUGCGCUUUUUAAUCGUCGAAGAACGAUUUCGCAAAUUAUUGUUCGAUUGAUCUUUUGUCUUUUUCUGUUUUUUCUUUCUUUUCUUUUUCCCAUUUCGAUGUAAAAAAAGGAGCAAGAGCGACACACGAUAUACAUAAAUAUACAAAAGCAAAGUUUUCGAAGAAUUCGCAAAAUUUGAAUUUUAGCGAAGCUAUAAUCUUCGUCUUCGUCUUCUUCUUCUUGAAAAUCUUUCAUUCGAUCGAUCAAUCGAAUACCUUCAUCGUUUUUAUAAAAGAAUCUUUUUUAUCCUAUUCAUUCGUACGCUCGAUAUUCGAAUUUUAUAUUGCUCUUGUGAUACAAACGCGAUAUCACGAUUUAACACGGCGACAAGGUAAAUUAAAAUAUGUAAUUCGUGAUGGAUUAAGCGAAUAGUGAGUGACUCCUUUGAAAAAGGCAAAGGUAAUUGAAAACAAACAAAAAAUCGAAAUAAAAUAAAAUAAAAAAUGCAACCUCCUGGUAAGAUUCGUCUAGAUACCUUUAGCUCCUAUAUAUGUGUAUAUAUAUAUACACAUAUAAAUAUAUAUAUAUAUAUAUAUAUAUAUAUAUAUAUAUAUGUACUUUUAAUAAAAAAAGAAAGAAUGAAUGAACGAAGAAAAAAGAAAAGAAACACCUUCCGAAUAUAUGCGAAAUCGCUCGACGACGCUCUUUUACGAUUGCCUUGCGUAUAUUAAUAACAAUUAAUAUUAAUGAUAAUUAUAAUAAUUAAUAACAUAUAACAACAAAAACGACAACAAUAGUAAAAACAAGAAUAAUGAGAAAAAAUAAAAAAAAUAUAAAGCAACAACAACAACAACAACAAAAGCCUGCUACGUAGUUAGUUAAAUUUAUUUAAGGUUGCUACUGCGAGAGAGAGAUAGAGAGAGAGAGAGAGAGAGAUCCACAUAGAAUUUCGAUAAAAGCAUUAGAAAAUAUAUGACAAAAAAAAAACACAUACAUACAUACAGAUACACACACACCUGCGUUUGUAGAUGAGCGACACAGCGAGAUAAUUUAAAGAAAUGAAAAAAGAAAAAAGAAACAAAAAAAGAAGAAACCCAUAUAUAGAUAUAAAUAAAUAAUUUGUAGUGCGCGUGCGAAAUGUGUACAUUGAUCAUUGUUAUUAGGCAAUCGAUCAUUUGAUUAAUGCCGUCUAAUAAACAAAAAAGACGGCAUUAAUAUCUGUUAACUAUUUUACUUAACGCACUAGCAUUUACUUUGAUAACAAAAUCAAUGAUAACGUGAAGAAAAGAGAGAAAAAGGAAAGAAAGAGAGAAAAACAAACAGAAGAAGUAAUAUAUAAUAAUAAUAAUAAUAAUAAUAAUAAUAAUAAUCAUAAUCAUAAUAAUCAUAAUAAUAAUAACAAUAAUAAUAAGAGGAAAAAAAAGAAAGAAAGAAGAACAGAUCAAGUCUUUUUAUCCUUUCGUUCACAUAUCCAAGACUGCCAUCUCGCGCGCCACGAACGACGUAUUUUUUAUUGCUAAUAACAAUGUUUAAAUGUACGAAAUGAUGAUUAUUGGUGGAUCUCGAUUUAGGGUUAUUGGUCUAUUUAAAAUAAAAAAUAAAAAAUAAAUAAAUACGUAAAUAAAUAAAUAAAAAAAAAAAGCAAGAAAAUAGAAAAAGAAAAAAAAAACGAGCAAAGAAGAAGAAAGAGAAAAAGGAAGAAGCUCAAUAGCAUAGUCGGUGUGUGCGCAACAUAAUCCGACGAUAGUGAUAAUUGCAAAAGAUUAUUACAUAAAAAAAUAUAUAUGUAUUACAAAAAAGUAUAUAUGUAUAUAUAUAUAUAUAUAUAUAUAUAUAUAUAUAUCAAAAAGAAAAAAAAAUUAUCGUAGUAAAUGAAUACUAGUAAACGCGAUAGGCGCGAACCGCAAGCGCUUUGCUCCAAAUAGAAUUUUGUUAAUAUAAAUACAUAAAAAAAGGAAAUAGAUGAUAUGUAUAUGCCGCGUCCAUGAUGAUGAUGAUAAUGAUAAUAAUAAUGAUGAUGAUAAUGAUGAUAAUGAUAAUGACGAAGACGAUGAUGAUGAUGAUGAUAAUGAUGAUGAUGAUGAUCAUGAUGAUAAUGAUAAUAAUAAUAAUAAUGAUGAUGAUGCUGAUGAUGAUGAUGAUGAUGAAUCGCCAUCCGAUCCAUUAUAAAAAUGCGAGACGAUAAAAGAGAAGACAAAUGUGUGAAAGGUGCAAGAAAAAUAAAAAGAAAAAAGAAAAAUAAUAUAACGAAAUAUUCACGACAACCAGCAGACUUAAAUGGAAAAUCUACUGUGUCACAUUUCGAGAAAUAUAUAAAUAUGUAUUUGUUAUUGUUUUAAUUGAA